AAUACAGCUGUGCCUAUGGCUCAAACAGAUUCUUUGUGCUUUGUGGCCUUGGUGGGAUUAUUAGCUGUGGAACAACACAUACGGCACUGGUUCCUCUAGACCUGGUUAAAUGCAGAAUGCAGGUUUGUUCUGCAUGUUGGUAUGUGACGACAGAGCAUGUUUAGUGUGGUAUAUUUAAUUACUAAUGAACUGGAGGCAUAAACUAUACCGUGGACAUAGCUGUCCAACUGUGCAUGGAGUUAAUAUAAAAGCAUGGUGUGUCUUUAUUUUUUGCUGCAGAGUACAGUUGUGAAUAUGGCUCGCUCAAGUUUUAUGCUCUUUGUGGCGUUGGUGGGGUCCUAAGUUGUGGCCUGACACACACUGGUGUCGUACCUCUGGAUUUAGUGAAAUGUCGUAUGCAGGUCGAUCCACAAAAAUACAAGAGCAUCUUCAAUGGAUUUUCAGUGACAAUCAAUGAGGAUGGUGUUCGUGGCUUGGCUAAGGGAUGGGCUCCAACCUUUAUUGGCUAUUCCAUGCAAGGGCUUUGUAAAUUUGGUUUUUAUGAAGUUUUCAAAAUUCUGUAUGGCAACAUGCUGGGAGAGGAAAACGCCUAUUUGUGGCGUACUUCGCUAUAUUUAGCUGCAUCUGCCAGUGCAGAGUUUUUUGCUGACAUUGCUCUGGCUCCAAUGGAAGCUGCUAAAGUUCGUAUUCAGACACAGCCUGGAUAUGCCAACACUCUACGGCAGGCUUUACCCAAAAUGUUUGCAGAAGAAGGCAUCUGGGCGUAAGCAUCCCUUCAUCUUAAU